AGCGGUGGCAUCAGCAGCAGCAAGCGCCCAAGGCUGCUUUCCUCUCUCGCAGGCUGGUUGAAGCCACAGGUUUUAUCAUUUUGUGAACUUCUCUGUUUAAAAGAAAGAACAUUAUUUGAAGCACUUCUGUAUGUGGAGUCUCCAUGAUGACUUACAUAAGAAUGCUAAGGCGCUUCAUAAUGAAACAAUUUUCCCAGAAGAAGCUUUGGAAGUUUACCUUCGUUAUUUUUGUCUUCCUAAUAUUUUUGGUUUUGCUACAACGAGAAGUAGGUGUUCAAGAAUUUAAUGAGGACCCAGGAAUGCCAUCUCAUGAUGAAAAGAAAACUGUAUUAGAUCUAGUGUUAAAUGCUGUGAACAACAUUAAAGCUGCAAAACCAAAAAUGCAAAUUAAAGCACCCAUUAGGCAGACUCAAAAUGCUGGACAGAAGCACUGUUUACCAGGAUAUUAUACAGCUGCUGAACUGACUCCUUACCUUGACCGUCCCCCUCAGGAUCCUAAUACUCCAGGGGCUUCUGGUAAAGCAUUCAAAAUGAUCAAUUUAAGCCCAGAUGAACAGAAGGAGAAAGAGCGUGGUGAAGAAAAGCAUUGUUUUAAUGCAUUUGCAAGUGACAGGAUUUCUUUGCAUCGAGAUCUAGGACCAGACACACGGCCUCCUGAAUGUAUUGAACAGAAGUUUAAGCGCUGUCCUCCACUGCCUACUACAAGUGUUAUCAUAGUGUUUCACAAUGAAGCAUGGUCAACUCUUCUGAGAACAGUUUAUAGUGUGAUGCAUACUUCCCCUGCAAUAUUAUUGAAGGAAAUAAUUUUGGUGGAUGAUGCCAGUGUAGACGACUACUUGCAGGAUAAACUAGAUGAUUACGUGAAACAAUUCCAAAUAGUUAAAGUUGUCCGACAAAAGGAAAGAAAGGGGCUUAUCACGGCUCGGUUGUUAGGUGCUUCAGUAGCUACUGGGGAAACGCUCACUUUUUUGGAUGCCCACUGUGAAUGCUUUUAUGGAUGGCUAGAGCCUUUACUAGCCAGAAUAGCUGAAAAUUAUACUUGUGUUGUAAGCCCUGAUAUUUCAUCUAUUGAUCUCAAUACUUUUGAGUUUAAUAAACCUUCUCCUUAUGGUCAAAACCACAACAGAGGGAAUUUUGACUGGAGUUUAUCCUUUGGCUGGGAAUCUCUUCCUGAACAUGAAAACAAAAGAAGGAAAGAUGAAACCUAUCCUAUUAAAACACCAACUUUUGCAGGAGGUCUUUUUUCAAUAUCAAAGGACUAUUUUUAUAGAAUUGGAAGUUAUGAUGAAGAAAUGGAAAUAUGGGGAGGAGAAAAUAUAGAAAUGUCUUUCCGAGUGUGGCAAUGUGGGGGGCAGUUGGAAAUUAUACCUUGCUCAGUUGUUGGCCAUGUGUUUCGCAGCAAGAGCCCCCAUACCUUUCCGAAAGGGACUCAAGUGAUUACACGUAAUCAAGUUCGCCUUGCAGAAGUUUGGAUGGAUGAAUAUAAAUAUAUAUUUUACCGGAGAAACACAGAAGCAACAAAAAUUGUUAAACAAAAAGCAUUUGGCAAUCUCUCAAAAAGACAUGAGCUAAGACAACAAUUACAGUGUAAAAAUUUUACCUGGUACCUAAGCAAUGUUUUCCCUGAGGCAUAUGUACCAGACUUGAAUCCUACGUUACAUGGAUUUCUAAAAAAUGUUGGAAGAAGAGCAUGUCUGGAUGUAGGAGAAAAUAAUUUAGGUGGCAAACCAUUAAUUAUGUAUACUUGUCAUGGGCUUGGAGGAAACCAGUAUUUCGAGUAUACUGUAUACCAUGAAAUUAGACACAAUAUCCAGAAGGAGCUAUGCCUACAUGGUUCUCAAGGAGUAGUAGAACUUCACGAGUGUGGCUUCAAAGGAAAGAAGAGCAGGACUCCUGAAGAAGAGAAAUGGGAGAUCCGAAAGGACCAGUUGUUAUACAAUGCAGCGUUCAAUAUGUGCCUUACGGGAAAUAGAGAACAUCCAAGUAUGGUAUUAUGUAAUCCCUCAGACUUAUUCCAGAAAUGGAUUUUUGGCCAUAACAAUUAAGUCCUGCUAGUGAUAAUUAAACCAACAAGAAAGUAGAAUUACAGCAACUGUUCUGAAAUUUUACUGAUUUUCUGAUUUAACUUAUGCUGAAUCAAUUAAAUUAUAAUUUUUAUUUUUUAUUUUUUGCUGGUAUAAAUCUGAAGAACACUUUAGUUUCUCAACUGUUUAAUAUGUUUACAAAAUGCUGGAAAUUGCAUUUUCAGUAUACAUUUUAAUGUAAUACCUAUCUUCAAGAUGUUAUUUCUUAUGUUUUGAUGAUCGAUGUGCCUGUUGUAUAUUUUACAUGGCAAAAGCCACACACACAUACUUUUGUUAGUAACUGAAGAAAAUUGUCAAUGAAGGUUGAAAGAUUGUUUUUUACAUAGUAGUAGAAAAGUGCCUUAUAGAUGCUGUUUAUAAUUUUAGACUGUGAUUAUUUCCUUUAACUUUUCUUGUUCACUGCUUGAACUGUUUAGCAUGUCUAUAAUUUGUCUAUAAUCUUAUAUUAAACAAAUAUAAAUAUGAUAUAUUUGUUUAAAACAUCAGUUCUUCUGAAAAUAUUAAGUUACUUUGGGACAUAAGAAUGAAACAAACUCUGGGCUUCUCUGUU